AACAAAUGAACUACAGCACAAAGACAUAUUAUUGCAUUGACUUGUUUUUUUUCCUGUUCUUAUUCUAUAGUCCCAACGUAAUCAUAUAUUUCCUCGCACUUCCUGUUUCUUUUUUAAUUGCAUCAUUUGAUAUUUCACGCUCGUCAAUGCAAAACUUUAGCCUCUAAUAUCUCUACUUAUAUGUUAGAUAAAAUUAUAGAAAGUUGAUAUUUUGAAAAUAUAUAUCGGGACGAAUCUAAUAAGAUCACACGUAACUGUAUAAUUCCUUAUGUAUAAAUAAAUAAAAAAUGAAAAAGCGAGGUGUGUGAAUAGUGUAAAACUGCAAAUAGUACGAUUAAAAAAAAUCAUAGGAAGUAUAUGAUUAGUGGAAAUUGAGUGUCAAGUUUGUUUGUUGUUUUAUUUAUUUAAUUGCGUGAGUGUAGGAAUUAGGUCAAAGCACACACUAAGUUUAGUUAGUACCAUCCAAAGCAUAUCUUAAUUUAAACAACUUCUCUCUUCUCAAAAUAGUAGUAUAUUGUCCAACAAUGUAGGCUUUCUUUAGCAAAAUUUGUGUUUAGUCUCCCUAAUAUGUGUGGCUCCCAUUUCUCCUCUCUUCUCUUGGUUUUUUUCCCUUCUCCUUUUGCAUCUUAUUGUAGUCCAGUAGUGCACAUUUCCGCUCUAAUCUCUCUUUUCUCUUGCAUUUCAAUUCUCAUUCAUCAUUUACAUGCCAACUUGAAUUCAUGAUCAUAAUUAUGGGCAUUCACAAACGUCGUUAUGAAGAUAAUAUUUUAGAAGUGUACUCGAUACAUUAAUCCUCCCUUUCCUUUUUCCGAUACAUUAAUCUCCUUUUCUCUUUAGGUUUGCUUAUCUCUACCAACAAUAUAAUUCUAUUAUCAAUAUACACAUUUGUUCCAUACAUGCAUUCAUCAAUCAUGAGAAUUUGAUGUUUGCAACCUAUUUGUCAGGUUGAUUUUUAUUUUUUUAGUUAACAAAGUUAGGGUGCAUUAUAAAUUAAUCCACCACUUCAUCACAUAUUAAUACAUCAUUCACCGAACAUGGUGAACAUAAUAAGAACACGGCAGAAUUCCAUGGGAGGCUCUCCGAGGGCAGCCGAGGUAGGAGAGAUAGAUACCAAAGCUCCUUUUCAAUCUGUCAAAGCUGCUGUUAGUCUCUUUGUUGAAGCAUCAUCCUUCUCUCCUAAAGCCGCCAAACCUAAUAUUACCAAGAAGUCCAAACCUCAAGCUCAGGUAGAACUAAUAGACAAGGAUGCAGAGUUACAUAUUGCCUUGAACGAGCUGAAAAGGUUGAAGGAGCAACUGAGAGGAGCCGAAUUAGAAAAAAGCAAAGCCCUACCUGAACUCGACAAGGCUAGAAGGACUCUUGAUGAACUCAAACAAAGAUUGAAAACCAUCAAUGAAUCCAAGCAGUCCAUACUUGAAUCUUCAGAAGCUCUUAAGGUUAGGGAUAGGGAGCUUGAAGAGGCAAUAUCAUCUAGUGUUAAUGUUCAAGAUGUAAUUGAUAUUGUACAACAAGAUUUGGACGCCACCACGGAGGAGUACAACGCUGCCAUCUUGGAGCUUGAUGCCUCUAAACAACAGCUCAGCAGUGUACGUAGGGAAUUAGAUGCGACAUUAGAAGCUAAAACUACUGCUUUCCGCAUUUCACAAAAAGCAGAUGCAGAAGCAGAAGCUCACCGACAGAGAAUCAGCGACCUUACCAAGCAGAUAUCUAGCAUGCAGGAAGAAUUAGCUAACAUCAAGUCUUCUGCUAGAGAUGCGGAGAAGGAGCACCAGGAUCGUUUAGCAAAGAAACAUGAUGAGAUAUGUUUUGGUAGACUUUCCAAGGAAGAGUUGGAAGGUAAACUGCUUGUUCUGAAGAAUGAACACCAAUCGCUACUAGAGGAUGAAAAUCUGCAGCUGAAACUUGUAGAAACUAAAGCUGAAAUAUUAUAUCUUGAAGAAAAGCUAUCAAAAGCCCGAGCUGCUUAUUUAGAAUCUGAGAAAGCAACAAGUUUUGAGCUUGAGAUUGCCAAGAAAACACUAGAGCAGGUAGCAGAGGAGAAGAUAUCUCUACAAAAUUCAGUGGAAUCCCUCAAGCAAGAGCUACAAUAUGUUGGGAAGGAAUUAGCAGAGCAAAAGCAUAAACAGGAGGAAGUAGAUGCUUUAAUCAAUAAGCUCCGAGCUGAACUAGAUGAUAACAAGAAUGUGCUUGAAGUUGGCGUUGUAAAUAAAACAAGUGCAGCAGAUGUCUCUGAUGAUAUGGCCAUAUUGAUAGAACAACUGUCAAUUGAAACUGAGAGAUCAAAUCAAGGAACUCAGGAGAUGAACAAGAAAAUAGAGCAGCAGAAACAAGAAACCAAAACUGCCAUAGAGAUGAUAGCAGAUAUGGAAUUUAAGCUCACACGUCUGCUGAAAGAGGUAGAAGAAGCCAAAGCAGCAGAAAGAGCUGCUCAAGAUGAGAUUAAAGCACUCUCUGAAAGACCUGAAGAAUCAACUUCUGAAACCAAUGGAAAGAUUAAGUUGUCAAUUGAAGAUCACAAUUCCUUGAUGGAGAAGGUUGAUGAAUCGGAAAAGUUAGCUGAUAUAAAAGUAACUGCAAACCUAGCUCUAGUAGAAGCCCUAGUUGCAAGCCAAAAGGAAGCGGCUCAAAAGUAUGAAGCUGUUUCAAUUGAGAUAGAAGAACUAAAGAUGAAAGAAGAGGAGGUUGUAAAGACUGCUGAGAUGGCUGAGGCAGCAAAGAGUGUUUUGGAAGUGGAGCUGCAUCGGAUGUAUCAACAAGAGCAAAACAAUCAAACAACUCAACCUGAAUUGACACCUGAGGGCCAUACGUAGGACCUGUUACAAAGAAUUCCACUGGUGUAUUUCUUGUACUGCAAUCUGUUUGAGUGAGACAGUCCAAUUUUGUGUAGUUCAGACUUAAUAGUUCUUGAGUGAUGUCAGUUUGAUCUGUAUAGACCUCAGGUAAAUGUAACAGAUAAAAUUCUUGAUUAACUACCCCAGAUUUUUACGAGUAAAGACUGCUAGUUGAUGUAGUUGUAGAGCUGUUAAUGAAACGAGUGAUUAUAAAA